AUGACUCAACAUCCGGAUGGGGCUCGGAGAUGGCUUACAAAAGACGCAGCACAUCUCCGCCGAAACGCCGGAUACAAAAAGCAAGUACUUCUUCAUGGUGUCCACAAAACCCACGACAAUCAAGAGAACGCGCGAUGUAAACGCGCGCAUGUGCGAGCACAGAAAAAGGACGCUGCGUCUCCUAAUCCACUCGUUCUGUUCGGUCUCUUUUCGUCUUCAACUCGACGAGCAAACGAGAAAACAAGUGCGCAAAGUGAUCGCUCGUUGGCUCCGGAGUAUCGAAAACCACAUGUGCAAGUUCGUAUCGUAAUGCCAUCCCGCCAAGUCUUUUCUACAUUACAAUUGACCCGUAUGAAGUCGCUCCGCAAAAGACGACCCACUUCCGCUCGAAACCCGCGUGCGCUUGUGCAACGUCGCCACGGCCAGAACCGGGCCGGCAAUGCGCACUUUGAUCUUCGUGCCCAAACGAGGUCCGUCCACGGCACGCAUAGCCAGGCGUGGUCCUGCAUCCACGCCAGCUGUCUCGUCUCCCGCGAGGCAGUAAUUUCGUGUGUUGUCUCGCUUAAGUCCGAUUGGCCCGCUCCUCGCUCUUCGCGUCGUCGCUGCUUGUCUAAACUGGCGCUCGGGGGAGCGGGCGCAAACGCAACGGUCCACACAGGACGACGAUCGCCACUUCUUCCUUUCCCUCCUCCUUCGCUUUGUACUGCAUGCAGCUACGAGAGUCACAGGGAGCGAAGUGGACGGACGAAUAGCAGCCCGAUGACGAUUUCCGCCAAUGUGCGCAAGGAACUCUUUGAAAUGACCAACUGCGAAGGCAGACUGAUCCGGAUCAAGCCGACGGAAGCCAAGGCCGGGACGACCGUCUACUCGUCCAAGCAGAGCCAACCGCUCAAGAUGUGGACCCAAGAGGAGCACGAGAAGUUUCUGCAGGCCAUGGAGAAGUACCCAGCUGGUCCGUGGAAGGUCAUUGCGGCCUUUAUUGGCACGAAAACCACGCGGCAGACCAUGACCCACGCGCAAAAGUACCGCCAGAAGAUCAGUCGCUGGCGACGCGGGUUGCGUCACAAAGGCCGGAAGCACAUGAGUGACGACAGCCACAUGCGGCAACGGGUGGCGACUGGGUACGACCACUAUGUGGCCAAGGAGAACUUGUACAAAGCGCUCGAGUACGUCUCAAGCGACGAAAUGAGCAGCAGUUGCAGCAGUAGCCACGCGGUGCAUCCGUCGUCGGUGAGUCCUGCCCGGUCGCUGUCAGGUGUGGCUGGACACGAAGCUUGUCGUAGUGGAGAGCUCUUUCGAUUGGCUGAGCUGGCGUCCCAUCAGGUCAUGAAACAGGAGCCUCGGUUGAUGUCGUCGAUGCCGUCGUCUCCUCCUGACGUGGAGAUGGUCGACAUAUCGAGUCCAGUGCGGGUCAAGCAGGAGAUCACGGCGUGCGCUUCGGUGGAAUUUAGGGGAAAAAUCCGCAAGAUGGAGUGGAAUAAUGACCCGAGCGGCUUUGGUCAAGCCAGUCCCGAGUGGAGCAUGCAGAAGAACGAAGUCCGGCUGAGUCCGUUACGUGCCUCGCCGGAUGGAAGCCUCUUUCCCGUGCGUAAAUUUGGAGGUGUACUCAAUGCUAUUACAGGCAUGAGCUAUCAGAACGCGCAGAGCCGCCUUCCGCUACCGUUGUCGUCGACGUCCAUGCACAAGACGCUGUCGCCCAUGCGCGAUGUUGAAGUGGGAGGGCGGAAACUGUUUGUACAGCAACGUGGUGCUGAUGUCUUUCGUCUGCCGCCGCUGACCGUUGCAAACGGCCAAGCUCCGAACGUGUACCCGAUUCCACCACUGCGCUCGAAGAUCGACCCAAGUGUACUGAGUGGCCGGGCUUACUAUGCACUCACGAACUAA